AUGAUUCAACGAAUUCUCCUCAAACAAGUCAGGUCGACAGCAGUGCGGACGGCACCGAAGCCGUUCCUUGCAGGAUCCUUAAUUAGGUCUUCGCAAUAUGUUGCGCAAAGCCCACGGUUAGCACUAUCCGCGAGAUGCUACGCAACCAACGGAGAGGCCAGUAAGGCAGCUGAAGAGGGCGCUGCAGCACCUGAGGAUGCCGCCGCAAAAGAUCUUGAGGCCAAAAACAAGGAGAUCGUAGAGCUCAAGGAUAAAUACCUGAGAUCUGUCGCCGAUUACCGCAACCUCCAAGAGCGCACAAAGCGAGAGAUCCAGUCCACAAAGGAUUUCGCCAUCCAAAAGUUCGCCAAGGAUUUAGUCGAGAGUGUCGACAACCUGGACAGAGCUCUGGCGAUGGUUCCAGAAGAGAAGCUAUCUCCGAUCGAAAAGAACGAGCACGUGAACGAUCUAAUCAGCCUCUACGAUGGUCUGAAGAUGACUGAGGGUAUUAUGAUGCAGACACUUCUUAAGCACGGACUUGAGCGCAUCAACCCGGCAGUGGAGGAGAAGUUUGACCCCAACUUCAUGGAGGCCAUGUUCAUGACACCAAUGGCUGGAAAGGAGGACAACACCGUGGUGUUGACUCAGCGUAAGGGAUGGAAGUUGAACGGCCGCACCAUGCGUGCCGCACAAGUCGGAGUCGUGAGAAACACCUGA